ACCAUGGGUGUUUGGGGAACACUGAUUGGUGCCAACAGCCACUUGCACUGGGCGUCAGCCCUCUCUCACGGCUGCUAUAAAUGCUGCAGGGACGCAGGUUGUCUGGCACCUUCUCCAGCUGAGCUCUCCCUCCAGCAGGACCAGAGGACCCUCUUGAUCAUGAGGCUGCUCGCACAAACCCUCACCGUCUGCCUGGCUUUCUCUCUCUGCCGCUCGGACCACCAUGGGGGGCAACAUGCAACUAUAACCCUGCCACCUGACCACCAUUCCUUUCACCAUGGUGCUGUGGUUGACCGCUGCAAGGGAAUUGAGUUUGAUGCCGUUGCUGUAAAUGAGCUGGGAGUUCCCUACUUCUUCAAGGGUGACCAUCUGUUCAAGGGUUUCCACGGUGAAGCUGAGCUUUCAAACGCGACUUUUGCUGAGCUGGAUGACCAUCACCACCUGGGGCAUGUGGACGCAGCUUUCCGCAUGCACUCUGAGGACAGCCCUGAGCACCAUGACCACCAGUUCUUCUUCUUGGAUGACAAGGUCUUCAGCUACUACAAGCACAAGCUGGAGGAUGGCUAUCCCAAAGAGAUCUCUGACAUGUUCCCUGGCAUCCCUGACCACUUGGAUGCUGCUGUGGAGUGCCCCAAGCCAGACUGCCCCAAUGACACUGUUAUAUUCUUCAAAGAUGAUGAUAUCUACCACUUCGACAUCAAGACCAAGAAGGUAGAUGAGAAAGAGUUCAAGGGCAUGCCCAACUGCACUGGUGCCUUCCGCUACAUGGGACACUACUACUGCCUCCAUGGACACCAGUUCUCUAAGUUUGACCCCAUCACUGGAGAUGUCCAUGGAAGAUACCCCAAGGAGAUUCGUGAUUACUUCAUGAGAUGCUCCCACUUUGGCAAAAAGUCUGUUGAGGAGCACAUUGAGAGAGAGAAGUGCAGCCGUGUGCACCUGGAUGCCAUCACUCAGGAGGAUGAUGGUGAUAUCUAUGCUUUCAGAGGUCACCACUUCCUCAGUGUCUCUGGUGAUAAGUUUCAUUCUGACACUAUUGAGAGUGCCUUCAAAGAGCUGCACAGUGAGGUGGACGCUGUCUUCUCUUAUGAAGGUCACCUUUACAUGAUCAAGGACAGUGAGGUGUUCGUCUACAAAGUGGGCGAGCCACACACUCACUUGGAGGGCUACCCCAAACCUCUGAAGGAGGUGCUGGGCAUUGAAGGACCACUUGAUGCUGCCUUUGUUUGUGCCGACCAUCACAUUGUUCAUAUCAUCAAGGGUCAGACAAUCUAUGAUGUGGACCUGAAGGCCACCCCACGUGUCGCAGGGAACGAGCGACCCCUCACCAAAUUUAAGAAGGUUGACACUGCCAUGUGUGGGCCCAAGGGUGUGACCAUUGUGAUUGGAAGCCAUUACUACCAAUUCCAGAGCCCCAUGGAAAUGAUUGCUUCCAAGGCCAUCCCUGAACAACACAAUGUAGCCCAGGAGCUGUUUGGCUGUGACCACUAAACCCAUCAUGCAAAGUGAAAUAGGGAGAGAGGAGGUGCAACAAAACAACUAAAAGUGGACUGACCUUUGGGGUCUUACUGCACACCCUCCAUUAGCCAUGGAAUCGUGUAACACCAGGCAGUUGCAUCUAGUGGUGUGUUUGUUUUCCUCUCACUCGUGUCUCUCUGGCUUCAAAUUUUCCUACCUCUGCUGCUCUUUUCAACUUAGCUUUACCUUCAGCUCACAAACACAUAAACGCACGUGCCGUAGCACAAGCUACUGGGUUUGUCUGCCACUGUGCUAUGCGCUGUCUGUUUACUACAAGCUAGUAUGUCCCUGUCAGUGCUAUCUGUGAAACAUCUAUGCAUUUUGUGGUUGAUGAAUAAACUAAAGUAAAAUCA